UAUAUGAUGUGUUUUUAUCGGGGUUGAAUGAAAUGUGUUAUUAGAUAUUUUAUGUUCAAAUAACAUAAAUGAAAAAAAGAACUCUAAAUAAACUUUUUAUUCGAUUUUCCUUAAUAGUACUUUUUUAUCAUGUAGUUUAGUGGUGGUAAUUUCAUCUUUUUUGGAUGAAUGGGAAGGGUUUUAUAGUAUAUUUGAGUUGAAUUGUUAAAAACGCUAAAUUGAAUGGUUGGACCACUAAGUCAAGAAUUUUCCAUCCAUACAACAUUUUUGUCUUUGGUGCAAUUGACUAAUAAAUAGUAAUACUUGUAGAUUCUACAUCUCAACGACUUUUGAACUAUCCUUUUAUGGCAUUUCAUUUCAUGGUUUGAUGAACUUUGAAGGAUCCAUUUCAAACACAAAAACCAAAAUGAAAGCUCUCACUACUUUUUCAUCACCUUACUUCAACUCUCAAGUUGAAAAGCAAUGGCCUCAAAGAUUUUCCUUGACUACAAAACCAAUGCAUCCAAGACAUUCAAAUGGCUGCAUAGUUAGAGCAACUUUGAAUACUAACACUAAAUCAAUUGACAUUCCUCAUCAAUGGUACAAUCUAGUAGCAGAUCUUUCAAUUAAACCGCCACCACCAUUGAAUCCCAAGACUUUUGAACCAAUCAAACCAGAAGAUUUGUCACCUCUUUUUCCUGAUGAGUUAAUCAGACAAGAAGUGACAACGGAUAGAUUCAUAGAUAUACCAGAUGAAGUUAUUGAUGUUUACAAGCUUUGGCGCCCAACUCCUCUCAUCAGAGCCAAGAGGUUGGAAAAGCUUCUUGAUACACCUGCAAGAAUUUACUACAAAUAUGAAGGUGUAAGUCCUGCAGGUUCACACAAACCGAACUCGGCUGUUCCGCAAGCAUGGUAUAACUUACAAGCAGGUGUCAAGAAUGUUGUGACGGAAACCGGUGCGGGACAGUGGGGAAGUGCAUUAGCCUUUGCUUCUAGCAUAUUUGGCCUUGGAUGUGAGGUAUGGCAAGUAAGCGCUUCUUAUGAUUCAAAACCAUAUCGAAGAUUAAUGAUGGAAACAUGGGGUGCAAAGGUACAUCCAUCUCCAUCUAUGAUCACUGAGGCAGGUCGAAGAAUUCUUCGAAACGAUCCAACAAGUCCAGGGAGUUUAGGCAUAGCUAUAUCAGAAGCUGUGGAAAUCGCUGCUAAGAAUCCCGAUACGAAGUACUGUUUAGGGAGUGUACUGAAUCAUGUUUUACUUCACCAAACUGUUAUUGGAGAAGAGUGCAUUAAACAAAUGGAAGCUAUUGGAGAAACUCCUGAUGUGAUCAUAGGUUGUACUGGUGGUGGUUCCAAUUUUGCAGGACUUAGUUUUCCUUUCAUUAGAGAGAAGCUUAAUAAGAAAAUUAAUCCUGUGAUUAGAGCAGUUGAACCUACAGCAUGUCCUUCAUUAACAAAAGGGAUAUAUGCUUAUGAUUUUGGUGAUACAGCAGGGUUGACUCCAUUGAUGAAAAUGCAUACACUUGGUCAUGACUUUGUUCCUGAUCCAAUUCAUGCUGGGGGGUUGCGCUAUCAUGGUAUGGCACCAUUGAUCUCUCAUGUUUAUGAGUUAGGUUUAAUGGAAGCGAUUUCAAUUCCGCAAACUGAAUGCUUUCAAGGUGCUAUACAGUUUGCAAGGUCUGAAGGGUUGAUACCAGCACCUGAACCAACUCAUGCUAUUGCUGCAACCAUUAGGGAAGCUCUUCAUUGUAGAGAGACUGGAGAAGCCAAAGUUAUUUUGACAGCAAUGUGUGGACAUGGCCAUUUUGAUUUGCCAGCUUAUGAAAAGUAUUUGCAGGGUAAUAUGGUUGAUCUCUCCUUCUCAGAGGACAGGCUGAAAGCUUCACAUGCCAAUAUUCCAUCAUUCUAGUAACAAAAGAGAAAAAAAGUCCUUUAGCACUCUUUCUAAAGCAUAUUGUGUAAAACUAUGUAGGUGGCUGUUGUUGAACUUUGGUUUAAAGUACAUGGUUGUAAGGGUCAUUUAUUUGCUCAAACAUUAAAAAGACAUCCAAGUCAAGUAUCAAGUGAACUAGAAACAUAUUGAUGUCUCCCUCUAGAGUGUUCUUUGGGACUCAAUCCAUGCCAAACUUUAGUCUCACUUUCGUUCAUUUAAGACAGAUUAUGAUGUUUGGAAAAGGCGAAAAAAUAUCUAUUUCAAUUAUGUGAA